CUCGGCACCCCCAGUCACCACAGUGAGGCCUGCCAAUGAGACAACUCCUCCUGGAGUGUGUUUUCUCCAGCCCUCCUUAUCUGUCACUGUCUUACUGUCAAGGCUCAAUUCUCCAGCCAUUGCCUGCCCUCACAGCACUCAGGUUCUUCUCUAGCACACCACAAAGAGAAGACGUCAAGCAGAAGAACAAAAACAUUUUAAACACAGAAGAAGUGCAGGUGGCACAAGAGAAGAAAAAAACUCAGGUGGCAAAUAUUUGCCAGUGAGUUUGUCAGAACUGCUGUACUGCCAAAACACUUAAAACAUCAACAAUGGGAAAUAGCACCAGUAGUGCACUAUCAAAGGAGAUCCUGGAGGAUCUGAAGCUCAGCACCAAAUUCACUGAGAAUGAGAUCAGCCAGUGGUACGAGAACUUUCAGAAGCAGUGCCCGACAGGCCGCAUAACACCUGAAGAGUUUGAGCAGAUUUACACACGUUUUUUCCCGGAUAGCGAUGCCAAGAGCUACGCAAGACAUGUGUUUCGCUCUUUUGACACCAACGAUGACGGCACGUUGGACUUCAAAGAAUACAUCAUUGCACUUCACAUGACAUCUACCGGGAAGACAACCCGAAAACUGGAGUGGGCCUUCUCGCUGUUUGAUGUUGACAAGAAUGGAUACAUCAACAAGACAGAAGUGACGGAGAUCUGCCAGGCCAUAUUUAAGCUGAUCCCCAAGGAGGAGCAGAGCAAGCUACCAGAGGAUGAAAACACACCCGAGAAGAGAGCCAACAAGCUGUGGUCCUACUUUGAAAAGAGAGACAACGAGCGACUGGCUGAAGGAGAGUUCAUCAAAGGAGUGAUUGAAAAUGAGAAUGCAAUGAGACUCAUCCACUACGAACCACUCAAAUAAUGGAGUCGAUGUUGUUUUGUCCUUUCAUGUUAGGCUCCUUCUUUUCUUUAACACACUGUUAUCUCUUCUGUCUCUCAGUCCUCUAUAAUCCACUCAACCCUUCUGUGUAAAUACUCAUUUCUGCAGUGUCUUGGUGGCAACUAACAUUUCAGCAAGUUUCCUUAAUGUCAUGUUACUGUUUAAUUAAUGUUUGUUGUUCAUGAAUUUAUAUCAAAUAGAUGCAAAGACAGGCUAAUAAUGGCAUAGUAUUUAAACGUGUCCAGCUGAAAACAGCAAGAGUAAUGGUGGCUACUGUAAGACAGUAUAUUAAAUAUACGUAUCAGGAGUUUGUAUGAUGAUUAAUGUCUUAUUACUAACUACAUUUGGUAUGCUUAAAUGAAAUCAGGGCUCUGAAGAAAUGAACAGUUUGUCUAUUAGACAUGUAUUUGAGAGGAUGCUAGUCCUUUUUUUACAUAAUUGGAAAUUUCUUUAAAGG